AUGGCUUGGGAUCAUCUUGACAUCACCAAGCCUCACUUGGUGUACAUCAUUCUCGGUGGCUUCACCACCUUGUUCAUGCUCUGUUCCUCCUUUAUCAAGGAGCGUAUGUACAUUGGUGAAGCUACCGUCGCUACCCUCUGCGGCGUCAUCUUCGGACCGCAUGCCGCCAAUCUUAUCGACCCAAAUUCAUGGGGCAAUACCGAUAUCGUCACCGUCGAGUUUUCUCGCAUUGUCCUUGUCGUCCAAUGUUUCGCCGUCGGUGUCGAAUUGCCCAAGUUUUACAUGGAAAGGCACUGGAAAUCUGUUGUCUUCCUCCUGGUUCCGGUCAUGACUGCGGGAUGGCUUCUGACAAGUUUAUUCGUCUGGUGGAUGAUACCAGCUCUAACUUGGCUCGAUUCGCUAGUAGUUGCGGCAUGCGUAACCGCCACUGACCCCGUUUUGGCCUCUUCGGUUGUUGGUAAAGGCAAGUUCGCAAAGCGAGUGCCCAAACAUUUGAGAGAUCUUCUUUCCGCCGAGUCUGGUUGCAACGACGGCAUGGCUUUCCCGUUUAUUUAUCUCUCCCUCUAUCUCAUCCAGUACAACAGAAGUGCUGGAGAGGUCAGUUUUCACUUUAUCGUCUAUGUGGUCUUGUACGAGUGCAUCUUUGGCGCUAUCUACGGCUUCGUCAUCGGUUACAUUGCCCGCCAUGGUAUCAGGUACGCUGAAUCUCACGAUUUGAUCGAUCGUGAAAGUUUCCUCGUAUUCUACUUCGUCGUUGCCCUAUUUUGCGCCGGUUCGGGGAGUAUCCUCGGCGUAGACGAUUUGCUGGUUGGCUUUGCAGCUGGAGUCGGCUUUUCCAACGACGGAUGGUUCGGCGAAAAGACAGAGGAGUCACACGUUUCCAACGUUAUUGACUUGCUUCUCAACUUGACAUACUUUGUUUAUUUCGGCACCAUCAUCCCCUGGGAGCAGUACAAUGACGGUCGAUUCGGUAUGGUGGCGUGGCGCCUUGUGGUCAUUGCCAUUUUUGUGCUGUUAUUCCGUCGUAUUCCCAUUAUGAUGGCACUCAAACCAUUCAUACCAGACGUCAAGAAUUGGAGAGAAGCUCUCUUUGCCGGGCAUUUUGGCCCCAUAGGCGUCGGCGCAAUAUUCGUUGCCAUUCUUGCACGAGCAGAAUUGGAGCAUGAGGAGCCGGUGCCUUUGGGAGAACUCCCUCCGCCGAAUGCACCACACUUCGAUCUCAUAUACCUGGUCUGGCCAAUUGUGACGUUCCUCGUUAUUUCCUCUAUUCUCAUCCACGGGUCGUCGAUAGCUGUCUUCACCUUGGGAAAACGAAUCAACACCCUGACACUGACGAUGUCCUAUACCGCAGCCCCAGAAGAUGGGCCAUCAUGGAUGAAUAGGUUGCCUAGAAUAUCCUCUCAAUCUAGGUCCAUGGCCAAGACCAUGUCAGAAACGUCCCUUGAGGAUCUCAAAGAUCCGGAGUUCCCACCUGGUACUCUUGCCCCACCAACAGGUUUCUUACGUCGACAGAAGGAUGAGGACGGACACAGCCGUCCUGGUAGUCGGACCUCCUCACUUGUCUCCAGGAAACGCAAGCACAAAAAAUGGGAUGAUGGAAUUGGACCUGGUGGGCCGAUUAGCCAGUCAGCCAUCUUCCCCAACAGACCCUCGCAAAAUGAUGUAUCAGAGAAGGAACCUUCGCCGCCGACUCGAGAAACCACCGACUCGACCAUGAUUUCCGACGAGCAAGACAAAGAAAAGCGCGGUGCAGCCGAAGAGCAAGCCGAGUCCGGCCAAGUUCAGUCUCCUCAGAUCAAUGUUUAUGACGAAGGUAGUCACCUGGUGUUUGAGAACGAAGAUGGCGAAGUUCUCGAUAUGCAGCCGAGCCCUCAGGGGGAGCAAGCGGAAGAGGCCAAGCCCGAGAAAUUGACGCUGCCUGCCAGUGCCAAGCCAGAGGCCGAAUCGUCGACAGGCUGGAGACGUGGAGGUUGGCGACGCAAGAUGAGCGAAUAUUAUUCGUCCGAGGUAGAGAAGCGUAAGGACAAAGGCAAGAGCGACCGUCGACAUGAGCCAGCCCGUGCCUACCAAUUCGGCAACAUGAUCAUCGUUGAAGACGAAGAUGGCGAAGUCGUCAAAACAUAUGAGCUGCCAUCAUCCAAGCCUGACGGCCAAGAAAGCGACCUUCUUGGCGCAAGCCUUAAAUAUCUCGGCUUGGGUGCUCUCGCGCGCCAGGGCGAAAAGAACACAGCUUCUGCCGCGGAAGAGGGCCAAGCCGGUGUUCAGCAGUCAUCAAGCAAGCCUCAGUUCAAGCCUGGCUGGACAGGCUUUGGUCAACGUGGUGAUGGAGCCAGGCGCAAGAGUGUAGCCCAACAACAGCAGGAUGAUGACGACGAUAAGAAGAUCAGGUUCACCAUCGGCGGUGUAGGAAGACGCAUGACCAAGGAAGACUUUAUCAGAGAAGUCCAAAAGCUGGACACUGGCACUCGCAACGAAGUUGUCGAUCACUCCAAUGCCUCGAAUGCCCUCAAGUCCAUCGCCAGACAAGACCUCCCUGUGAAACCUGGCCAAACCCAGCCAACUCAACCACAGCGCCCUGUUCCGACAAUUCGCGAGCAUGAUGCUGAGAGUGGCAGUGGCAGUGGCAGUGGCAGCAGUAGUAGCAACGGAGAGAGCAGCCGGGCUGCGGGCAAACGAUCCGUCUCCAUCUCGCCAACCCGAAAGCUACCUUCAUCUGUUGAACCACCACGCGGCCGACGCGAUCAUCCAUCCGAGGAACAGGGCGAAACGGCGGUGGAGCGCAGACGCCGCCUGGCAGUUCUUGCCAGCCAGGCUAGUAGUGAGGAGAAAGAAGGCGAUGAAACUGGUGAAACUCCAGCAGAAAGACGCCGACGACAGGCAGCAUUAGGCAUGGGUGGUCCCGCAGCAGAAGAAGAUAGCGAUUCGGAGGACGAGGGAACGGAAAGAGUCCCACCUGCAAGGAAAGGUAUUCGAUUUGCAGAGCCUCAGAGAAAAGGGUAA